AAACAAAAAAAAAAAAGUUUGAACUCAAAUUAUCCUCUAGAAGGAUAGCUGGAGUCUGAUCUAACCCGGUAAUUAAUUCUCCAUAUGUACGAUCAGAUAGAUAGAUACACGGUUUGAUAAGCAAUCAUGGCUCCAUCUCCUCAUUUGCGGACUUCUUGUUGUCUCCUUCCUUUCUUCUUCGUCCUCUUCUUCUUCUUCUUCCUAUCAUUCUCGCCGCAAGUGUGCACCGGCGAAGGCGAAACUCCUCCCGAGAUAACCUACCACAACGGGCCCAUCCUCACCGGCAACGUGAAGCUGGCGCUCGUUUGGUACGGCCGGUUCGGGCGCGUCCAGAAGAACACGGUCAGGGCGUUCGUGAAGUCGUUGAACUACGAAGGGCACGCCGCCGGGCAGCCGCUGGUGUCGUCGUGGUGGAAGAUAGUGGAAGGGUAUCAAACCGCGGCCAAGAAACCGGACGGACCGAUCACGGUUAAGGUCGCGAGGCAGGUGACGGAUACCAGCUACUCCAUCGGGAAAGUUAUCACGACCGAUUUUCUGAAGCCGCUGAUACAGAAGGCGACCGAGGGGAACCCGGGGAUACUGCCGGUAAUUUUCACGGCGAGGGAUGUUUCCGUGCAUGGGCUCUGCAUGGGGAAAUGCGCCGACCACGGAAUUAUUGACAAUCAAGCGUACGUGAUCGUGGGCAACCCGGAGACAGAAUGCCCAGAAGAGUGUGCCUGGCCGUUCCGAGGCGGACCGGACCUCAUCCCGCCCAGCGGCGAUAUCGGCGCCGACGCCAUGGUCAUCGGCUUCGCUCAAGGACUGGUAGCCGUUGUGACCAACCCGCAGGACACAGGCUUCUUCGAAGACAGCCUUAGGAAGCCACUAGAAGCUUCGUCAGCUUGCACGGGCAUUUUCGGGAGCGGAGCGGUUCCGGGUAGUAACCCGGGUAAAUUGCUCAAGGAUCCGGCCACCGGGAAGAGCUUUAAUUGUUAUGGCUCCAAGGGGAAGAGGUUUUUGGUCCCCGCGGUGUGGAACCCGGCCACGAAAACCUGUUGGACUUUGAUGUAAGAAAUUAAAAAAACACUCAUAUAUCCAUCUUAACGGGCCGGCCACCGGCGUCGGGUAAAAAAGGAUUGAGGAAUCAACAAUAGCUUCCCGCCUUCGUCGACCCAUAUAUAUCCAUUCUCUUGUUUAUUCUGAAACUAUUCUUUAUUCUUGAUCUCUUGUUUUUUUUUCUUUGCACCAUCUUAAUUAUUUCCAUCCUAUAGCUGCAUAUAUAGCCUAACCCAAUUUUUAAUCUCUUUUAUAGACAUUGAUCGGCCUAUAAUGGUCGAUCUUUAUUGUAUUUUCUUGAUAGACAUCUAUAUGUUGAUUCAUUCAAAUUUGCACCUGAUCAAUUCCUUAUAUGUACAAAUUAAAUAAUGGUUUAUUGGCUAGAGGAGAGAGGUUUGCGCAUGCAAGGAAUUUGUAAAUUUACGCAUUUGUGUAUAAAGGCAGAACAACUACCACCUCUUCAAACAAGCGUGUUCGAUGUUUCUG